AGUAGAAAUUAAGCAAACACGCGGAGCAUGCGGACCUGAAUGAAACUGAAAAUGCCCGUGAAUAAUUCGGACCACACGUGAUCGGAUGAUAAUGAUGAUCUUCGCUAUUCAUCUCCGGAACCGGCCCCGCUCCGGUCCCCCGCAGGCUAGAAAUUGUCAAAACAUUAUAUUUAUUUACCCAAAUCGAGUCGGCGACGCCAGUGAUCAUGCAAAUAUAACUCUUGAUAAAAACCGGGGGAAAACAUAAUUUAGCUGUUGAUGGUCUGGUGCGCGAGCUGUUUCAGUACAAGUUGUUCAAGCGCACUGGCCCGAUGUAGCUAUUACACUGCGCGGAGCCGCUAUCUGCUGUACACUCACGUAUUGAGAGGGUCCGAUGCGCGGCAGGGUGAAACUAAAAGCUCGUACUGACUGUCACAGUGGAUGAGCAGUUCUACACUGUAUCUGCACGCUAUAGACCUACUGUCAAGUACUGCCAGAUUUGCACGGUGCCUAACCGAGGUGAUGUGAUGCGUAUAGGGAUGGCAGCAAGUCUUCUAGAUGUCCUGGAUUCCAGGACAGUCCUCAUCUGUCUAGUGGUCUUCCUCUUAGUAUCGUGGAUCGUGCGCCGUCGGCGUUCUUCCGUUAGCGGCACCCUACCCCCAGGCCCCUGGGGUUGGCCUCUCAUCGGGAACCUGCCGUCCCUGGCUUUUGCGUCCAACGCGGAGGAGCCCUAUGAAGUCUUCAUGCGGAUGGCCAAGCAGUACGGGCCGGUCUUCAGUCUGAAUAUCUUAGGCCAGAGGAUGGUGGUAGUGCACGGCUAUAAGGCGAUACGAGAGGCCUUCAACAAUCCUAUCUUGAGUGAUCGACCAGAAUUGCACAUUUUACGAAACCUGUUUAACGGCGCAGAAGGCGUAGCUACAGCAUCUGGGGAUACGUGGAGAGAACAACGCAAACUCAUCUUGAAUGUCUUUAGGAACUUCGGUGUUGGACAGGCACGUUUUGAGGAUCAGAUAGCAACAGAGGCCGGCCAUCUUGUGUCCGAGAUGAAGGGCCUGCAGGGACAGGCCUUCAAUCCUGUCCAUCUCUUCGGUAACGCCGUGUCCAACGUGAUAUCCUCGGUGGUUCUUGGCAGGCGCUAUGACUACGACGAUCCGGCGUUUCAGCGUGUGCUGGCCUCUAUGGACCGGAGCAUGGAGCUGAUCGGAGCCGGGGCGGCUAUGCAGCUCCUCCCCUUCGUCAACAGGCUGGGCUUCCUACCCAACAUCAAGGAAAUGACCGCCACUAUGAAGUUUGUCAUGGACUUCGUCAUGGACAUCGUGAAGAAACACCAGAGCGACUGCUACUCGGAGGAGCCCCGGGAUCUGAUGGACGUCUACCUCAGGGAGAUGAGGAGCAAAGAAGAGCGAAACAUUCCGACUCAUCUCAGCGUCAUGAACCUCGUCCUUGUCGUCUCGGAUCUAUUCGUGGCCGGCACUGAGACCACAGCCAACACUCUUCGAUGGGGCCUGCUGUUCAUGAUGCUACACCCGGAGAUUCAGAGCCGCGUCCAGCAAGAGCUCGAUACCGUGGUCGGACGGGAGCGGCUGCCGCAACUUGCCGAUAGACGCAACCUGCCGUACACCGAGGCCGUCAUUCUAGAACUGGAGAGGAGGGGUAACGUCGUGCCCCUCGGCCUGCCACACAAGGCUGCUGCGGACACGACCCUGGCAGGGUAUACGGUGCCAAAAGGAAGCCUGGUGGUGGCUAACCACUGGGCUCUCAACAUCGACUCUGAGGUGUUCCCAGAUCCAUUGGUUUUCAACCCGGAGAGAUUUCUUAACGACGACGGGGAGGUGACAAAACCCGAAGAGUUGAUCCCCUUCAGUACGGGUCGUCGCAUCUGCUUGGGAGAGCAACUGGCCAAGAUGGAACUCUUCAUUUUCUUCACCUACCUCCUUCACCAGUUUACCUUCAAGAAGCCCGAGGGCUCACCGCCUCUCAGCCUCAAGGGUUACCUGGGUAUAACCCUAGCGCCAACGCCGUUCCAAGUCUGCGCUCUGCCGCGGUGAUUUUCACCGAGUGUCCGCAGACGACACGGGGUAGAGAAACUGUACCAAGAUCUGCCAACCUUUCAGGAUUUUUUUUCGGGGGACCAUUUGUAUGCAUAUGGCGUGCGUUGAU